GAUGAGAAAAUCUCUAAGACUGGUGAAGGUGGAAUACGAUUGGAUAGUUGCUAUGGACACCACAAAUCUAACGGAUCUUAGCAGCAAUUUGUGCUCAUGGAUACUGUAACUAGAGAAAGCAUGCAGCUGCAUGAAUAGACAGGAGAGAAGUUAAGUACGGUAGUACAUAGUAUCGUAGAUAUUCUAGUGUCUGCAGUAAACAGUUUGAGUUAUGGCUGUAAGGGGUGGAGCUCCUCCCAAGUGGUUUGUGCUGUGUGGGCCACUUCUGCUGAGUUCUGGGUUCUGCCUUUACCCUGUGGUUAUCAAGUAUUUCCUGAGCCAAGCUAAAGAGAAGGCAAAUCCAUAUGUUUUUACCUUUUACAGGGAUGCAGGAGCAGUUCCAGUUCUGUUCCUAGCAUCGUACAUAUUUGAGGGCCCUAUUCAAAUCCCGGACAGAAAAAUGGGAGCAAUUCUUGUGCUGCUCGGAUUUAUAGGGACUUUUGUUAGCCAUUUUCUUUAUAUUUCUGGUGCUUUCAACCUUGAUCCAGACAUUGCCACAGCCAUCAUGUCAAUUCUUCCAGUAUCUACUUCUAUCGUUUCCGUUCUAAUGUGCACGGAAAGCCCUCCAUCCAUUUAUAAGCUCCAUUCUUGGGCCAAGUUUAUUGGAAUUACUGUGGCCGUGGUUGGAGCUGUUUUCCUCAGCCUGUUUGGAAGUAGCCCACAGGAUAAUGGUGGUGAUACUGACCAAUAUCAUCGGAAACAGCAGUUUGGAUCCAUCUGUCUAUUUGCUGACACUGUGACAAUGGCGUUGUUCUAUUCACUUCAGAAGAAAUGUAUUUUCAGAAAGAGAAACUGUAAAUGGAAGAACUACCCCUUAGCAGUUACCGGUUAUGGCUACCUUUUUGGCUCAGUAUUUAUGUGCAUCUUUGUUCAAUAUUACACACUCACUGGGCAGACUCACCUCUUCAGGAUUCCAACAGAGUCCUACCCAGCCCUUCUCUACGGUAUUUUCAUCACCUCUGCCCUGUGCUACUUCCUCCUGACCUGGUCAAACAAGUAUCUCCCUUCAACAAUAGUGGCUGCUUUUAGACCUAUACAGGUUAUUGGGACGUUUGUUGCUGCUUACCUUGUGUUUGGAGACACCCUCACACCCACACAAUGCCUGGCCGCGUUCAUUGCAGUGUGUGGAGUCGGACUCGUACUUUACUCAAAUUGGAUGGAGGAGAACCGAUCAUCAGAGAGCACAGCCUUGGGCUUAAGAACUUGCUGCAGGAAAUUAACAUUGUUAUUUAGUACCAGUUCAAUGUUGAGUCUUCCCAAGUAAACCUGUAUUUGUUUUGUUUCUAUUAAUGAUCAUAACCCAAUAAAAAUCUAGGACAAUCACAUAAUUAAUACAACAGAUCUCAGAUCUGCUAGUACUACAUGUAGACCUAGCUGAGUUCUUUAAUAAAUAUAAUGUCUUGUAAGUCAG